UUAAAGCCAAAGGUGGUGAGCAGCGUCCCCUCGAGACUCGCAGCGCCGCUCUGCGCUACUUCAGGCAGAUUGCUGAGCCGCUGGAAGCGAAGGCCCAUAAUUCAUCGCCGCCCGGAUCCCAGGGAUCGUCUCUCCUCCCUGGGCUCAGAGGCAGAACUCGUCCCUCCCCUCGGUCCAAACCUCUCACCGAAGACGAUGACGACGAUGUGACCACUGGACUCGGUCAGCACCAUGUGACCGGCUGUUAUGGAUCUGAGAAUCAGCACACAUUGAAUCAACGCUCAUCCAGUCACAAUGGUCCCACUUCUGUUCUUGGUGGCGACCACAACAACUUCCAAUUCCACCGGCAAUGGAAACCACACACAAGAAGACGUUUCAUCCCCCAGCAACGCCAUCCUCCCCACCGUGCUGGUCCUGUCCCUGCUGCUGCUCAUCAUCGCACUGCUAGCCUGGUACUUCCUCAGGUUAAAAAACCAGACGAAACCAGUUGUCACAACAGUUGACAAGAAGAUACCAAAUGGCAUCCUGGAGGAACAAGACUUCGGAUACAGUUCUGAGUCGUUAUACACCAUUGUACCCCCAGAGCAACAGACGGUGGUCCUUCUGCCUCGAUCCCCCUCCACCUCCAAGACCUUCUUCCCCAUCCUGGUGGACCACCUCGAGGACGAGUACCGGCUCCGCUCUGCGGACGACGGCAAGCUCUUCAGGGAGGAGUUCAAUUCGUUGCCCGGGGGUAAUGCCCAGGGCACGUACGAGGAGGCCAACAAGGACGACAACAAGGAGAAGAACCGAUACCCCAACAUCCUCCCCUAUGAUCAUUCCAGAGUAGUGCUGACUCAGCUGGAUGGAAACCUCUGCUCAGACUAUGUGAAUGCCUCUUACAUCGAUGGUUACACGGAAAAGAACAAAUUCAUAGCAGCACAAGGUCCCAAAGAAGAGACGCUGGCCGAUUUCUGGAGGAUGAUAUGGGAGAAGAAAGUAGCGACUGUUGUAAUGCUGACGAAUCUGAAAGAAAGGAAAGAGGACAAGUGUUGCCAGUACUGGCCGGAUCAGGGCUGUUGGACCUAUGGGAACGUGAGGGUGGCAGUAGAAGACUUCACUGUCCUGGUGGAUUACACCAUACGCAAGUUCUGUGUACAAUAUCAAGCCGGCGAUGCCGCUAAGACGACGCCGCGGCUGGUGACCCAGCUCCACUUCACCAGCUGGCCUGACUUCGGGGUUCCCUUCUCCCCCAUCGGCAUGCUCAAGUUCCUGAAGAAGGUCAAGGCCGUGAAUCCGCCCUUCGCCGGGCCGAUCGUGGUUCACUGCAGUGCUGGUGUUGGGAGGACAGGAACCUUCAUCGUAAUAGAUGCCAUGAUCGACAUGAUGCACCCCGAGCAGAAAGUCGAUGUGUUCGGUUUAGUCACCAAGAUCCGGGAACAGCGCUCGCAGCUGGUCCAGACUGAUAUGCAGUACUCCUUCAUCUACCAGGCCCUGCUCGAAUACUACCUCUACGGAGACACGGAGCUGGACGUGUCGUCUCUGGAAGGACAUCUGCACAAACUCCACGACACCUUUGUCACCGGCGACCGGGUCGGCCUAGAGGAAGAGUUCAAGAAACUGACCAACAUGCGAAUAAUGAAAGAGAACAUGAGAAUGGGGAACCUUCCUGCAAACAUGAAGAAGAACAGAGUUCUGCAAAUUAUUCCGUACGACUUCAACCGGGUCAUCCUCUCCAUGAGAAGAGGUCAGGAGUUCACCGAUUACGUCAACGCAUCUUUCAUCGACGGCUACAGACAGAAGGACUACUUCAUCGCCACACAGGGCCCCCUCCCACACACAGUGGAGGAUUUCUGGCGAAUGGUGUGGGAGUGGAAAUGUCACUCCAUUGUCAUGCUCACUGAGCUCCAGGAGAGGGAGCAGGACAAGUGUUGCCAGUACUGGCCCGCAGAGGACUCGGUGACGUACGGGGACUACACGGUGGAGCUGAAGGGAGACACUCUGUGUGACACCUUCAGUCUACGAGACUUGGUACUCACCUUUGUACCGGAGAAGCAGACGCGGGUGAUCAGGCACUUCCACUUCCACGGCUGGCCGGAGAUCGGCAUCCCGGCCGAGGGGAAGGGCAUGAUCGACAUCAUCGCGUCGGUGCAGAGGCAGCAGCAGCAGUCUGGGAACCAUCCCAUCGUCGUACACUGCAGUGCUGGUGCAGGGCGAACAGGUACGUUCAUUGCACUGAGCAAUAUCUUGGAGCGAGUCAAGGCCGAGGGUCUGCUGGACGUGUUCCAAACUGUGAAGAGUUUACGCAUGCAGAGGCCUCACAUGGUCCAGACUGUGGAACAAUAUGACUUCUGCUACAGGGUGGUACAAGACUUUGUCGACAUUUUCUCAGACUAUGCCAAUUUUAAAUGAUGAGAUUUGCCUUAAACACGCGUUUUUAAAUGUUGUUUUCUAAAGCCGGUUUUGUGUUUCUUUUAACCUCGGUCAAAUGAUCUUCUAUUUUGCUAUGCACUUGUCCCACAAUUAACUCCAAACUCCAUCCUCGCUGUAAUAUAGUGUAUGUCAGUGAAUGAAAAAUUGUACAUGGGAAAAAAAAAGAUAAAUAAUGUAUAUUUCACAUCUUGUAUGAUAAUUAUUUUGUCAUGAAGUGUGUCAGACAUGGUCUCUCAUUUCACUUUUGUUGUAUAAUAUUGUACUUAAAAAUGUUUAUCUAAGUGUUAUUUUCGACUGACCAUGUCAUAUUCUUCAAAGUUGUAGUUAUUGUAAAUGUAUUUAUGUAUUGACAAUGACAUUCCACUCUUUCUUGUUUGGAGUACAGAAGGUGGAAUGUUCAAAUUUGAGUUUGUCCUUUUUUGUGUGUGUGAAAUGCAUCGAUUAAUUGAUGACAACUAUUUGAGAUUAGAGGUGAAGCUGUUUUUCAUCGUCCUCCAGCUCCAUGCCCGUCACGAAUGUGAUACUUUUCUAGUGGAACUGUCGUCUGAAAACGAAUGAUUCACUUGAGCCAUAAUGCAGAAAAAAACAAAGUUAUGCAACUUGGGCUGAGGCGACCGUGCCGGGGUCGAUUUCCAAAAUACGUUCGCGCAGAGGUUUCACAGCUAAGACGCAUCACGGGGUCAUGAAACUGGUUUUUGUACCUGGGAAUGUGGUGUGCAACUGCAUUUAAUGUGGAUGUAAUGUUACUACAGGCUGCCUUUUGUCUGUAGACGACAACAAAAAAAGUAUUUUGCUAAAGUGACUGCACAUCAAAAAAGCACAUGACUAAAGCCUUUUUGCCAAGAACAUGCAAUAUUUAUUGCUUUAUUUCUACGAUAGAUUAGAGAUUUUUCACAGCACCAUCACCAGUGUACCUUUUUUAACGACAUGGAAGAGUAGAACUACUCUGAAUUGAAAGCUGAGCACUGACGGGUGAUUUAGGAAAAGGUGUGGCCGCUAGACGAUACAAGCCAACGACGACCUGUGGCAGAUGUAAAGAUAACGCACAGGAACGUGUAGAUAGAGUCUUGUAAUGGCAGAGACCUUAAAGAACGACACCAGACUCACAAUGUUACUGGUUUUGGAUUGAACAGGUAUCUGAACGUCUCUUGUGCGUCUAGUCUUUGCAGUAAGUCACAUCCACCUGGUACUCCGACAAGAAACCAAACAUCUGCGAUGACCGGACCCUGCUUUGCUUUAAUCCUCAAUGAGCUGCGUGAUUCUGUUGACUCUGUGUGUACAUACUACAUGACAAAGUGCUAACAUUGUUCAAGUGGCUGAGUGGCGAGAAAACGUGGAGCCAUCGCUCACGUUCUCUGUGCUGGUCCCGUCUGUGGGAGAUCUGAGGAGAAGCACGAGAAGAAAGUAGAGACGUAAAGAAAGACCCGAGUCUGAUUUCCCUCGGCUUCUACUCUGUCUCAGCUCUUUGCCUUUGCUCUCUCGCUCUCUGUGGGUGUCCUAUCCCUGUUUUUUGGAUUCUCAAUGUCUUUGAAAUGCAAGUUGCAAUAUUAAAUUCAUCUGAAAAUG